UCAUCAAUUUUGUAUAAUAAAGCAAUCAAGUUUAUAUCAAAGGUUCUAAGGAAAUUUUAAGAGUGAUAAAGCGAAAUUUCGAGAGAAAAUCUAGUUAAAAAUGUCUUGGCAAGAAGAAAAAGCAGUUGAAACUCUUGCAAUACAUACAAAUAAAGGUGAUGUGGAAAUGGAAAAUUGCUCAAUGGAACUGGAGAAGGAUGAGAUGCUGUUACAACAUGAAUUAGAAUCUAUUAUAAUAGCUCUGAAAAAUCCAUUAAAUAUAUCAUAUAAGCAGUUACUUGAGAGACUGGCCUAUUACAUACGCGCCUCUACCGUGACGAUGACUUCUGUUCCCAAGCCACUAAAAUAUUUAGCUCCCCAUUAUGAGACUAUGAAGGCGGUGUUUGAACUUAUUAUUGAUCAAGAUAGUCGUGAACUUUUUGCUGAAAUUUUAUCCGUUCUAUCAAUAACUUCAAAACGUGAACAAGAUUGCCUUUUGUAUCGCCUGAAAUGUAAUGCAAAUAGCAGAAUCACCGAUUGGGGUCAUGAAUAUGUGCGUCAUUUAUCUUUUCAAAUUACACAUGGUUAUUUUCAAACGCCAAGCGUAAAACGUUUACAACUUAUAGAACUGGUUAAGCAAAUUGUAGUUCAUAAUUUGAAACAUAAUGCCGAGAUUGAAACAUGUGAUCUCCUAAUGGAAAUUGAUCAUUUACAUCUUCUACAUGAUUAUGUAGAUAGUUCAUCAUUUCCACGCGUUGCACUUUAUUUGCAGUCCUGUCAUUCCUAUGUUACAGAGCCGGAAAAAAAACUGGCACUAAAUACAUUAUAUAAAUUAACUCGUAAAUUCAAAAAUGCUUCACAGUCCAUGUUUUGUGCCUUUCUCCUGAAUGAUAUAGACAAAGUGAAGGAAGUGUUUAACGAAACUAAAGACUACACUGAACGUCAACAACUGGCUUUAAUGUUGGCACGUCAACAAAUAUGCCUAGACUUGGACUUAGAAGAAUCGGAUAAUGAAGCACUUGUAGAAAUUAUGUCAAAUGGAAAUUAUAGUAGAUAUUUCCUAAGUUUUGCUCACGAGCUUGACAUAAUGGAACCAAAAACACCUGAUAACAUAUACAAAACUAAUUUGGAAAGUACCAGAACAUUGUUGCAAGUUAGAAAAAUUGAUUCAGCUAAGCAAAAUCUUGCUGCUAGUUUCGUGAAUGGUUUUGUAAAUACCGGCUUUUGUGUAGAAAAAUUACUCUCAGAAGAUGGUAACAAGUGGAUAUAUAGAAAUAAGGAUCAUGCGAUGUUGUCAGCAACUGCUUCAUAUGGCUUGGUAUACUUAUGGGAUAUUGAAGGGGGUUUGACAAUGCUGGAUAAGUAUAUGUACUGCGAACAGGUGUACAUUAAGGCUGGUGCGUUACUUGGUUGUGGAAUUGUAAAUUGCGGCAUAAACAGUGAAGUAGAUGCAGCUCAUGCACUGUUAUCUGAGCAUGUGGCAUCAAAAGAACAGCCUAUAAAAGUUAGUGCAAUUUUCGGUUUAGGCCUUGCUUAUGCUGGUUCAAAUCGCAACUUAGUUAUUAAAACAUUGAAAUCUGUAUUUGAAAAUAUGAUGGAACCUUGUAUGGAAGUGUUAGGUAUUACCGCUUUAUCAUUGGGAUUAGUAAGUGUUGGUUCAUGCAAUGUGGAACUUACUGAACUUCUCUAUCGUAUCAUAAGUAAUUUACCGAUCAGGGAAGCAGAAAACAGUUUUUCACGUUUUUUGUGGUUGGCUCUAGGUUUAAUAUAUUUAGGCAAACAAAAAUCUGCUGACGCACUUAUACAAAGAUUAGAAAAAUUACAACAACCCUUUAAAUCUCUAACAACUACUACAGUUGAAAUUUGUGCUUAUGCUGGUACCGGGAAUUUGCUUAAAAUUCAAAAACUAUUGCAUAUAUGCUUAGAACACUACCCCUCAAAGCAUAAAUCCUGUAAAGAGAAAAUCGCCAAACAACCCACAGACAACAAAGAUGAACGCGUUGAACAUGAUGCCCGAAAAGUUAAAACUAAACAUAGACGACAUGAUAAGGACAAGAAACAGAGUAAGAAAAAUGAUGUCCUCAUAGAUAUGACCAUAAAUGUUUUGUAUAUGGAAAAUAAAAAUAAUGCUGAGAAUAAUACAGAGGAACUCCAAGGUUCAAAAGAAAAAAUUAUAACGAAAACUGAAGCCAGUACACAGACAGACAAUGUGGCCGUUAUUAAGGAAAACGAAGAUGUAGUUGAAUGCAGGGUUGGUUUAGAAACUGAAAAUAAUGAUAUAUAUGAAAUUAUUACAGCUGAGAAUGAUACAGAGGAACUCCAAGGUUCAAAAGAAAAAAUUAUAAAGAAAACUGAAGCUUGUACACAGACAGACAAUGUGGCCGUUAUUAAGGAAAACGAAGAUGUAGUUGAAUUUCGUUUAGAAGACAAUAGUGGAAGAAAAAUUGAAGUUAGUACACAAACUGAUACAGUGAUGAAAGUCAAUGCCAGUACUGAUAUGGAAAAAUUUGAGGAGAAUGUCAAGGAAAAUGCGCAACUCGUUACAGAAUGUACAGAAAACAAAAAAGCCUUGCUUUCUGUACUAGUUAACAACCAAGGAGUUCAAACUAUGCCUCAAACAAAGGACGUCAACAAAUUUCAAACAAAACUGGAUGAAAAAAUUAAGAAAGUAUAUGAAAAGAAAAAAAUAGAAAUGGAAGAUAAGAUUCAUAAAACAAUAGAGGAAAAGAAGAAACUAAAGCAAAAACAUGAAGCCAAAAAACUGAAUCAGAUCAGAACCGAUCUUUCAUCUUCUCAAUCAAUAACGGUCGUGGGAAUAGCCUUAAUUGCAAUGGGUGAAGAUAUCGGCAUUGAAAUGAGCACCCGUAUGUUCGGAAUUCUUUUGCGAUAUUGCGAACCAUGUGUACGAAGAGCCGUUCCACUUGCAAUUGGAUUGUUAUAUGCAUCAAACCCUAAAAUGAUAAUACUUGAGAUGUUGAGUAAAUACUCACAUGAUAGCGAUACCGAUGUGGCACAAAGCGCCAUCUUUGCUAUGGGUCUUAUAUGCGCAGGAACUAAUAAUGCACGCAAUGCUGCCAUGUUACGUCAGCUAGCUCAAUAUUAUGCUAAAGUACCAAGUACCCUAUUUAUGGUGCGUAUUGCACAGGGACUCAAUCAUCUUGGUAAAGGAACUCUAACACUUAGCCCGUAUCAUAGCGAUCGACAAAUAAUGAAUCCUAUGGCUGUAGCUGGUUUAUUAACUAUUCUAUUUUCUUUAUUAGACACCAAAAAUUUGAUAAUGGGACACUCACAUUACUUACUGUAUGCACUUGUUCCUGCUAUACAAUCCCGUAUGUUAAUGACAUUUGAUGAAAACAUGAAUCAACUUCAAGUGUCAGUUCGCGUUGGGAUAGCAGUGGAUACAGUUGGUCAGGCCGGUAAUCCAAAGUUAAUUACAGGUUUUCAAACUCAAACCACACCAAUUUUGCUAUCAAUGGGAGAGCGCGCCGAACUUACCACAGAUGAAUAUAUAUCUUUGAGUGCAGUUCUAGAAGGAUUUGUCAUUUUACGUAAAAAUCCAAGUUAUAUGGAUAUAUAAUUUAUUCUAUUACAA